AUGUCAACGAUUACCUUCUCUCUUCGCUGUAUUCUUUCAGGACUUGUUCAUGAAAUCAUUAAUUCCAAAACACCGAAACCAGUAAAAUUUGAUGGUACCAUUGGACUUUUGAAUGCAAACUGUAACGUUACAAAUGAUGGUGAAACACUGGAAAUAUUAACAAAAAAUUCUGAAGGUGCUUGUUCAGUUUCAUUUAAACAAUUAAAUUUAUCUGAAAAAAAAUCGUUAUUAAACCAAACAUUAAGUUUUAAAAUUGAAUUUUUAUCAACACCUACACAUAAUGACGUUGGCCGUCAUGGUGGUAUCUAUUAUGGUGAAAGUAAUUAUAAACGUUUUACGCAUGAUGGGAAUACAAUUGUUGAAUGGAUUGAUCGUAAUUGGGAUCGUGGUUACCAUGUGUAUGAAAAAGUUGAAACAGAAGCUGAACGAAUUGAAAAGCGACUUCUACCGUUGAAUAAUGAACCAGCAGAACAUUGGAAAAUUACAAUUCUUGAGAAUGGAGAAGAGUUAUUUGAAUGGGGUGAUGAUCUUAAAAAAAUAAUUAAAACUGAAGCACAAAUACAGUUACUUAAUAAACCAUAUUUAGGAUUUUGGGCAUACGAUUUUAAUCAUAUCAAAAUUUCAAAUUUUAUAAUUCAACCCUACAACAGAUCGGAUGAUGACGAGCAUGGUAUCUAG